CUCAUACGUGCACUUCCUGUCCUUUUCUGACUAAUGAGAGAGAGCACAGGGGGCGGGUUUUGUCACACGACAGCCAAUGCCGUGUCACGCUUGCGACGCGUUACGUAGGAUUAUCCGGGUGAGCAUUUCUGAGGUCCGUGUAGGUUUUUUAUUUUGGAAGCUGUUGGCUCUAAGUGUCCAGGAUGUGCGGAUCCUUCCGGGUGCUGCUGCAGGUGCUGUGCGCCCUGCUGCCGUGGGGCUGGGUGCUGGGCUCCGAGCUCACGUUUGAGCUGCCGGAUAACGCCAAGCAGUGUUUCUACGAGGACAUCAUCAUCGGCACCAAGUGCACACUGGAGUUCCAGGUGGUGACGGGUGGUCACUAUGAUGUGGACUGUCGUUUGGAGGACCCAGAGGGCAACACACUGUACAAGGAGAUGAAGAAGCAAUAUGACAGCUUUACCUUCACAGCAUCCAAGAAUGGCACCUAUAAGUUCUGCUUCAGUAAUGAGUUCUCCACCUUCACGCACAAGACCGUUUAUUUUGACUUCCAGGUCGGUGAUGAUCCCCCACUCUUCCCCAAUGAGAACAGAGUCACAGCUCUUACCCAGAUGGAAUCAGCCUGUGUGUCCAUCCACGAGGCCCUGAAGUCAGUCAUCGACUACCAGACACAUUUCCGCCUCCGUGAGGCUCAGGGCCGCAGUCGGGCAGAGGACCUCAACACUCGUGUUGCAUUCUGGUCCAUCGGAGAGGCCAUUAUCCUUCUGGUGGUCAGCAUCAGCCAGGUGGUCCUGCUGAGAAGCUUCUUCUCCGACAGGAAAACCACUACAACACGCGUCGGAUCAUAACAGUGUCUCAGAGCUCUCGGAUUCUAUUAAUCAUUCUUUACCUGAGCUUGUGUGCAUAGAGUUGGUUAGAAUAGCAGUGUUGAUCUGAGAUUGGAUCAUAUCAAACUGCCAGGUCAUACAAUCUGACACGUCAUCCACAUUCAGCACUGCUGUCCUUACCAACUUUAUGCAAAUAAGUCUUGAACAAGAUGGUUAUGUGUUUAAAAAUGUUUUCGAGGCGAUAAAGACAAAACAUGAAGAAAGGCAUGAUUGUGUUGCUUGUAAAUAUCUGGAUUUGAGGCAGUUCAAGCACCUGGUCAUAUAGUUAAAGCAAACUUUACAUACUUUGAAUAUUUGAAGUUAUUUCUAAAUGUCUUUUUACUUUAUUUGUGUCCUUUUCUGCCCCCUGUUAUCUCGUACCCUCUCUCUCCGUGAUCUGUUCCAUUUUUCAGCCCAAACUUUGCACUGAAAUAACCAAGGGAGUGGAAGUUGUAACUUAAUUAACUCAAAAUGUUCGGGUGUUGUGGAUUUCUUUCUUUAUCUGCAAAACAUUAGGUCUUUAAAACCACAGCAAAGCAAAGAUUGCAUUUGGUUAUGAAAAAAAUGUGUUAAACUUUUUCAUUGUUUAUUAAAGCUCACUGAAUUACGUGAGAAAGACUAUUCUUUGUGUUUGCUUUUAUCGGCUUUGGCAUUUUAAGUAAGUUAUUUGAAGGGAGUUUGCUGUACAGAGAGUAAGUCCUUCUUACUUAAUUUAAUAUAAGCUUGAAGCACAAAACAGUUUGUAUUGGGGUUUUUUUUACACAUCAAUGUAAAGUCAUGCUUCAGUCUGACCUCACUUUGGUGAAUUAUCACUGUUCUCAUUACAUAUUUGUGGGGGGAAAACCCCUAGUAUGAUUAUUGUGUUUGAAAAUUAAACAUUUUGUGUGCUGAUA